CGCCGCACGUCUUGACCUCUGCCGUCACCCACUCACUAUCAUCAUGUCCACAUCUUCACAACAUGGACUUCAUCCCAAACCGUUGACUCGGAAGACAUUCCUCAUCAAGAACGUCCGACUGCCAGUUACUCCCGAUGACGGUUCGGAUUCGACAAUCAACCAGUUGUAUAACGUGACGUGCGGGGAUGGGAGAGUCGACGCCGUUGAACCAACCGAUAAAGCCGGCGCUGUCUGCGGUAAUGACGAGGAACUCAGUGAACGCUUCGACGUGAUUAUGGACGCAAGAGGUGUGGGCAUACUCCUGCCAGGGUUGUGUCAUGCGCCUAUCCAUCUAGACAAGUGUUUUCUCCUGGAUCGGUGUGACGAACUUCGUACUGGGGAUUUUGCAGAAGCUCUGAAGGUCACCGCAAAGGCUAAAGCCGCUUUUCCGUCGGACCUGACGGACCUCUACAAUCGGGGCAAGCGGCUUGUCAUAGACAGCGUACAAUGCGGGGUCACGGCGAUGCGUGCGCACGUCGAGGUGGACAAGACCGUUCGCAUGAAUUGCCUGGACAUCGGUCUGAAGCUCAAAGACGAGUUCCAGACGGUAUGCGACAUGCAGAUAUGUGCUUUUGCGCAGGACCCACUGUUUGAUGCCGCUAGCAACGGACGACCAGGGGGAAAUUACACUCUUCUGCAGGAGGCGGCUAAACGCAAGGGCGUGCAAGCCGUGGGUUCCGCGCCCUAUGUUGAACCCAGCCUUGAGCAAGCGAAGCGCAACAUGACUCUUAUCCUUGACACCGCCUAUGAGAGCAGCCUGCAUGCCGACUUCCACCUCGACUACAAUCUCGACCCAACUGCCGAGCCGCUCAUCUGGUACCUGCUCGAGCAGCUGCAGGAACGCAUCAAGUCCGGGCGAUGGGCCGACGGAGCGCGUGUAUGCGUCGGACACGCUACUCGCCUUUCACUGUUCUCCAAGGAGGAGUGGACUCGCUUCCGAACCACCGUUGAAGAGAACAAGCUCCCGGUCACCCUCGUCGGCCUCCCCCCCAGCGACAUGUAUAUGAUGGGGCGAGGGCAGCCGGGCUCACCUCGCGCAACGCUGAAUGUGUCGAGGCUUGAACGGGAGCAUGGCGUGAAGGUCGCGAUGGCAGUGAAUAAUGUCGAGAAUGCGUUCACGCCCCAGGGGACGACUGAUCCGCUCGCUCUCUGCCCUAUGGGUGUAGCGGUCUUCCAAGACGGCACCAAGAAGGGAUGUCGGACGCUCAUUGAAGCCGUGACGAUCACUGCGCGCAAGGCCAUCGCGGCCCCAAGCCGUCAAAGCCUGACACCCGUCAAGGGGGACGCAGCUGACUUUGUCUUACUCCACGAGAACGACUCGCUCUAUUCGGCCGCUCUCAGUCCGUGUUACACGCGCACGGUCAUCAAGAACGGGGAGGUCGUGGCAACGAGGCGUGCAGACAAGUGGAUCCGGCUCGUGGCCCAGCAGUGAGGCCUAGUGAGGAGGCUAGGCUAUCGCCAAUGUCCCCGAUUGUUGGCUAUAGACACAGGAAUGCCGGGAAUCUGUGUCUCCGACAGAUCCCCUGCAUGUGGAAGUUCAAGUUCAUGUCCCGGUAGGAUACGAUAGAAAUAGAAGCGAGUGAGACACCUACCGUCAGGAUAUCAUACCCUGUGCGAUCAUACGACCGAGCCACGCGCACGCAGGC